GCCUUUUUGUCCGGACGCGGCGGGAGCGCGCUCAGCGCGUGCGUACGCGGCGGCGUUUGGCAGCGAGCUACCACUGUGAAGUAAGGCGAGGCGAGGCGGCUCCGGACCCACGGACCGACAGACCGAGCGGCCCCUUCGGCCGUCGGCGGCCAGGCGGCCAGAGAUGUUGUCUGGGAAGAAGGCCGCGGCGGCCGCGGCGGCAGCAGCAGCAGCGGCGGCGGCGGGGACUGAGGCCGGCCCCGGGGCAGCGGGCGGCGCAGAGAACGGCUCCGAGGUGGCCGCGCCGCCCGCGGGCCUGUCGGGCCCUGCCGAGGCCGGGCCGGGGGUGGCCGGGGAGCGCACUCCCCGCAAGAAAGAGCCUCCGCGGGCCUCGCCCCCCGGGGGACUGGCCGAGCCGCCGGGGUCCGCCGGGCCUCAAGCCGGGCCUACCGUCGUUCCCGGAUCUGCGACCCCCAUGGAAACGGGAAUCGCGGAGACUCCGGAGGGGCGACGGACCAGCCGGCGCAAGCGAGCGAAGGUAGAGUACAGAGAGAUGGAUGAAAGCUUGGCCAACCUCUCAGAAGAUGAGUAUUAUUCAGAAGAAGAGAGAAAUGCUAAAGCAGAAAAAGAAAAGAAGCUUCCCCCACCACCCCCUCAAGCCCCACCAGAGGAGGAAAAUGAAAGUGAGCCUGAAGAACCAUCUGGGCAAGCAGGAGGACUUCAAGACGACAGUUCUGGAGGGUAUGGAGACGGCCAAGCAUCAGGUGUGGAGGGUGCAGCUUUCCAGAGUAGACUUCCUCAUGACCGGAUGACUUCUCAAGAAGCAGCCUGUUUUCCAGAUAUCAUCAGUGGACCGCAACAGACCCAGAAGGUUUUUCUGUUCAUUAGAAAUCGCACAUUGCAGUUGUGGUUGGAUAAUCCAAAGAUUCAGCUGACCUUUGAGGCUACCCUUCAACAAUUAGAAGCACCUUACAACAGUGAUACUGUGCUUGUCCACCGAGUUCACAGUUAUUUAGAGCGUCACGGUCUGAUCAACUUCGGCAUCUAUAAGAGGAUAAAACCCCUACCAACUAAAAAGACAGGAAAGGUAAUUAUUAUAGGCUCUGGGGUCUCAGGCUUGGCAGCAGCUCGUCAAUUACAAAGUUUCGGAAUGGAUGUCACACUUCUGGAAGCCAGGGAUCGAGUGGGUGGACGAGUUGCUACAUUUCGCAAAGGAAACUAUGUAGCUGAUCUUGGAGCUAUGGUAGUGACAGGUCUUGGAGGGAAUCCCAUGGCUGUGGUCAGCAAACAAGUAAAUAUGGAAUUGGCCAAGAUCAAGCAAAAAUGCCCACUUUAUGAAGCCAAUGGACAAGCUGACACUGUCAAGGUUCCUAAAGAGAAAGAUGAAAUGGUAGAGCAAGAGUUUAACCGGUUGCUAGAAGCUACGUCUUACCUUAGUCAUCAGCUAGACUUCAAUGUCCUCAAUAAUAAGCCUGUGUCCCUUGGCCAGGCAUUGGAAGUUGUCAUUCAGUUGCAAGAAAAGCAUGUCAAAGAUGAGCAAAUUGAACAUUGGAAGAAGAUAGUAAAGACUCAGGAGGAGUUGAAAGAACUUCUUAAUAAGAUGGUAAAUUUGAAAGAGAAAAUUAAAGAACUCCAUCAGCAAUACAAAGAAGCAUCUGAGGUCAAGCCACCCAGAGAUAUCACUGCCGAGUUCUUAGUGAAAAGCAAACACAGGGAUCUGACUGCCCUGUGCAAGGAAUAUGAUGAAUUAGCUGAAACACAAGGAAAGUUAGAAGAAAAACUUCAAGAAUUGGAAGCCAAUCCCCCAAGUGACGUGUAUCUCUCAUCAAGAGACAGACAAAUACUUGAUUGGCAUUUUGCAAAUCUUGAAUUUGCUAAUGCCACACCUCUCUCUACACUCUCCCUUAAACAUUGGGAUCAGGAUGACGACUUUGAGUUUACUGGCAGCCACCUGACAGUGAGGAAUGGCUACUCCUGUGUACCUGUGGCUUUAGCGGAAGGCCUGGACAUUAAAUUGAACACAGCGGUGCGGCAGGUUCGCUACACGGCUUCGGGAUGUGAGGUGAUCGCUGUGAAUACCCGCUCCACAAGCCAGACCUUUAUUUAUAAGUGUGAUGCAGUUCUCUGUACCCUCCCCUUGGGUGUGCUGAAGCAGCAGCCCCCAGCUGUUCAGUUCGUGCCGCCUCUUCCUGAGUGGAAAACAUCUGCAGUCCAAAGGAUGGGAUUUGGCAACCUUAACAAGGUAGUACUGUGUUUUGACCGUGUGUUCUGGGAUCCAAGUGUCAAUUUGUUCGGGCAUGUUGGCAGUACGACGGCCAGCAGGGGUGAGCUCUUCCUCUUCUGGAACCUCUAUAAAGCUCCAAUACUGUUGGCACUAGUGGCAGGGGAAGCUGCCGGCAUCAUGGAAAACAUAAGUGAUGAUGUGAUUGUCGGCCGAUGCCUGGCCAUCCUCAAAGGGAUUUUUGGCAGCAGUGCGGUGCCCCAGCCCAAGGAGACUGUGGUAUCUCGCUGGCGUGCUGAUCCCUGGGCCCGGGGCUCCUAUUCAUAUGUAGCUGCAGGAUCAUCUGGAAAUGACUAUGAUUUAAUGGCUCAGCCAAUCACUCCUGGCCCCUCAAUUCCAGGUGCUCCACAGCCAAUUCCACGACUCUUCUUUGCUGGAGAACAUACAAUCCGUAACUACCCAGCCACUGUCCAUGGCGCUCUGCUGAGUGGGCUGCGAGAAGCAGGAAGGAUUGCAGACCAGUUCCUGGGGGCCAUGUACACCCUGCCUCGCCAGGCCACACCAGGCGUCCCUGCACAGCAGUCCCCAAGCAUGUGAGACUGAUGGGUUCUGAGGGAAGCAAUGUGCAAGUCUUUUGCUGUGUAAGCAGAGCUUUUAUAGCAAUACUGGAUCUCACUGAGAAACUCACUUUGGCAUCUGGGCUCCAAUCAGCUGUUAGAACUCAUGCUGCCAGGUGUGGCCUCCUUUGAGGGACUUAGCGCUAGAGAGGCAGUUGUCCGUUAGUGCGGAAGUCGGUGUUCUUCCUAAAGACUGAGGUAAGCAAGCCUCGUGAGAGGACAUCUUAGUCUCUUGGUGUGUGGUUUUUUAUAUUUUAAAAAUAAAGCUUCAUAUAAAAUU